AUGGACGCGUUCCCGGCAUCCGUUCCGCCCGCGUACGGCCAGCCGUCGCUUCUCGGACCCGGCGGCGAGCCUCCCAAGCGCGCGCAUCUCUACGUCGGAAAUCUCAGCCCCCGUGUGACCGAGUACAUGCUCCAGGAGAUAUUCGCCGUUGCUGGCCCCGUUCUCGGCGUCAAGAUCAUCCCCGACCGGUCCUUCCAGCACGGCGGAAUCAACUACGGCUUCGUCGAGUACCACGAGAUGCGAUCGGCCGAGACGGCUCUCCAGACGCUCAACGGCCGCCGCAUCUUUGACCAGGAGAUCAAGGUCAACUGGGCCUACCAGAACACCAACGCGCAGAAGGAGGACCUCACGAACCACUUCCAUCUCUUUGUCGGCGACCUUUCGCCCGAAGUCAAUGACUCGGUCCUCCAGAAGGCGUUCCAGGCGUUCGGCUCGCUCUCGGACGCUCGUGUCAUGUGGGACAUGAACACGGGCAAGAGCCGUGGCUACGGCUUCCUCGCCUUCCGCGACAGGACCGACGCCGAGCAGGCGAUCCAGACGAUGAACGGCGAGUGGCUUGGCUCGAGGGCGAUCCGUGUCAACUGGGCGAAUCAGAAGAACAACCAGGGCGGCGGAGGCGGACCUGGUGGUGGAAUGGGUGGCCCGAUGGGCGGCGGAGGAGGCAGCGGCUACUCGGGUACCCCUUCCUCGUACGACGCGGUUGUCGCUCAGGCCCCCUCGUACAACUCGACCAUCUACGUCGGCAACCUCACGCCCUACACGACCCAAGCCGACCUCAUCCCGCUCUUCCAGGGCUUCGGCUACAUCGUCGAGAUCCGCAUGCAGCCCGAUCGCGGCUUCGCCUUCGUCAAGCUCGACACGCACGAGAACGCCGCCAACGCCAUCGCCAACCUCACCGGCACGAUGGUUCACGGUCGCGGCCUCAAGUGUGCGUGGGGCAAGGACAGGGCGGACGGACCUGCGGGCGCAGCGCCGCCCCAGACCGGCUACGGCAUGUACGCGCCUUCGCCCUACGCGCAGCCUGGUCCUGCGGCGGGCGCCUCGGCGCCUGGACCUGCCGGCGCUGCGCCAGCCGACCCUGCGGCGGCUGCGGCAGCCAUGGCCGAGUGGCAGCGCCAGUACGGCGCCCAGUGGGCGGCGUACGUCCAGCAGCAGCAGAUGAUGGCGCAGCAGGGUGGACAGCCUGCUCCCGCCGGUGCCGCGGCGCAGCCUCAGCACUGA